AUGAGUGCCCACGAUUCACCCAUUUUCCCAUCGAAAAGCUCAUUCGAGAGCUCUUAUCCAGAAGCCUUUGUAGGCCUCGAGCCCUCCGACCCCACAGAGCGAGCUUACGGGGCCUUGAGAGCCAGCUGCGACCGCCAGGCAAUUUACCCAUGUAACCUUUUACAGCGCAAGCAGUUGAAGAGCACACGAGAGCGUUACCGUCAGUACCUCGAUGGCGAAGAAAAGAAACUGUUCAAUCUCGACUUUGAAGAAAUCUAUUUCCACGAUCUAGAUGAUGGAGAUAAAGAUUACAGGACAGUGAUGAUUCGAAACAGCCCAUCUGUCCGAAAUCAUCUUCAAAAGGGUGGGGGAGACCCAAAAUCUCGGUUUAUCUUCCUCCAGGCCGAAACCUCGCGCGCCCCAUUGAAUUGCUCUCGCGAUAGCUUUUCUCACAUCAUGUCAUAUCACCAGGUUCCACCAACCUUUAUCGACUUUGUCUCUGCCUUUGGUGCCACGCACUAUCCGACCGAUUACCACAUGACAGGCUUCGACGCCGAUGAUACCCUUGGUAUAAAAGACUCAAACUUGAUCAACAUCUCCACACUUGGUCGCUCAGGACGUGAGCAUCGCAUACAAUAUCUUUUGCGAUCUGUAGAGCGGGACUCUAAUGACGACGGAUCGCGCAGGUGGAAUAUCCGACAGGCCGCUGUGUAUCACUCGUUCGACUUUAUUUCAGGUAAAGCACUGUGGAUCAAUAUCAAGGCUAAUGGACUAUUGAAGGAGAGAAUCAUAGAAGCAACAGGUGACACCGCAAUACUAGACUUGGGUACACAGGAUGACUUGCAAAAGUCCUUUGCUGCUACUCUUGUCAUUCAUCUUAUCUUGCUUGAGUGGUGCGACGAAGAUUGGCGAACGUGUAUUCGUGAUUGUGAGAGCAAGGUUCGCGAUAUCUUGGUAAAGGCCCAAACAUCACAAGUUGUUCAGCCUCCCGCGUUCAGCGCCACAGCAAGACGAGCUCUGGGGUCCCAGACAGCGCGACAUACUGAGCUCAGCGAAAAUGAGAAGCAACAAACUCCAAUGCCUUUGGUCUGGGGACGGAAGAUUCGCAGUCUUGUCAAGUCGCUUAGCCGUUACAAGUAUAGAGUUUCGCAGGAUUCCGACCUCUUUGGGACUGCAGACGACGAUAACUAUGUGCAAAAGAGACAGUUCGAGAACCUCAAGAAUCUCGAUACCUUUUCCUUUGGAGAACUCCAGCAUCUUCACUACAUGACUGAGCAAUUGGAGAGUUAUCGUUUGGUGAUGGAGCUUAACCAUCAAGCCCUGCGCGAUAUUGCAGAGCGUUACCAGAACUUGCCAUCUCAGCGCGGUUUUCCCAAAUCUCUCAAGGAGGAUUGCAUGGAGGAUAUUCUGUCAUUUGCGCGGCGGGUUGAGCGUAUUAGAAAAAAUCUCGAAAUUCGUAUGACGCAGGUAAAUUCGCUGCUGGCAUGGCUCCAAGACGGGAAAGCAUUGUUCGAUGAUAUACUACAAUAUCGCAAUGUACAGAUCGGUCGCAUCUUCACUGAAACUUCAUAUGGUCAAUCCCAGAAGAUGGAGCGCAUUGCAUACAAAACUGAGAAGGAAACUAUCUCAAUGCAUGUUAUCACUUGCGUAACACUGGCAUUCCUUCCUGCAAUGUUUGCGGCUACGUUCUUCCAAAGUGGACUUGUGGAGGUGAACAGAAAUGCGACCAGUGUGGACAAUGCAGUCACAUUUCACGAUAAAGCUUUCCGGCUGUUUUCUGCAAUAUGCUUCCCUCUAAUGGCACUUACCUUUCUGCUGUGGAUUUUGGUAUUUAGAUGCCUAUCACGCAGAGCACGUCGGCGGAUUGUGCUCGAAAAUGUUUGA